CAUGCGCCUUCUCACCUGAAGGGUCUCUGAAACGUAGUACAAGGGUUGAAGCUCUUACGCGUGGACUUGUCAGUUAGUGUGCGCUACGACUUUAUGCGCAAGUGACGGGACUUAGACGAGUAAUUUUCCCAGUGAGAGAAAGGACUGGGUUGAACUGGGUAUAAAAUAAUUAUAAUAGAAUGACUAUAUUUGUUUAAUUUUACCAUAAUAUUUAGUACACUAGAAUCGGUCUUACUUGAACAAGAAAAAAUAGAAUUCACUGAAUUUGGGUUAUUGAAAGUUACUUUACCGAUUGAGAACUUAUUUUCGGGAGUAUUUUAUCACGUAAGGAGACUAAAUUCUAAUAGAGAUAUUUAUUCACAAAGUCUAAGAAAAUUCGAAGGUCGAUUCAUCACUGAUAUUGGGAACUUUAAAAAAUAGAUCAUUAACAAGUGAGAGGACUUUCAGUUGAACCAGAGGUAGUUCUUUGUAAAGUAAAUCAUCAUCUCAAUUUGGACUUCACAGAUUAAUCGGACUUGCCUUCAAAAUCUGUGUAAUUUUGUUUGUAUGUUUGGUUGAGCCUGGAUUCAGCGAUUAUCUUGCUUCAGUUGAGACUGGUCUCAAUAAUGCACUGGUACCGGUACACUACUAGUUGAACAUGGAGUGACAAAAAGCAGAUUUUCAACAUUUCACAACCAAAUUACUCAAAAAUGGGCUGCGGCUCUUCAAAAUCGACAUCAGUGACUCCCAUGGGGGGCGACCAGAGACCCUCGAAACCCCCCAAAACCACCAAAGUCUCUCCCAUGGCUUCAGUGGACGACGAUAUCUCAAUUUCGGCAAGGACGUCACAAGGCCUAGCGUUCGAGGUACCCCUGGAUGAUGACGAGGGGGGUGACGACCCUAGUCUAAUCAAGAAGCACCCCCCUAAGAGGCUGCAGAGGCUGGAGGAUCAACCUCCCCCUCCCAAUCUCACCCACGAGAUGCUAGAAGAGAAAUUGGCUGAAGCCGAACAGAGAAGGCAACAGAUACUAAACCAGAGAAUUCAAUCGGCUAAAGCUCGCCAGAAAGUGAAGAGGAGUUUGCUCAACAACGAAGAGGCCAACGGAAACGAUUUGCUGCUGGAGAGUAUGAACCAAGAUCCAUCAACUGUAGCUCUGUAGUUUUUUAGUCAGUUAGUGGUUUAAAAUUAUUUUACUUAUGUAAAUCAAAUUAUAAUGAAAACGGUUGCGAUAUCAAUUAAUGAAUUGUGAACAAACUGCCUCAACAUUUAUCAAGUCAUCAACUUAUUGAAACUUUAUGAAUCAAGAGGUACGUUUUUGAAAAUAAUUCUUUAUGGAUGUGAUUGGAUAUGAGAAAUUUAUUAUCAUAGAUAAAAUUAUUAGAUUUCACUGUGAUAAUUUGAGAAGUAGGGUACGGUACGCCUUUGUGAGAGGACAGAAAAGAUAUACCGGUAAUGUAAGAUUGGGAAUAAAAUAAUAAUCUUGAAAAUUUAUUGAAAUUUACCAAUCAAAUGGUGUCUUUCUAGAUGUUUUUGUUAUCUUAGAAAUUAUGUAAAUAAGUUAAGAAAACAAAUUGAGCUAUGUAGAUAGGUACAUCUUAGUAGAAAUGUGUUUAUCAUUAGAUUAUAUUGAAUUUGUUUGAACAAAAGUAUAAUGUAAUAUUAAAUAUGAUGCAACUUAAACUUAACUGAUCUUAAACUUAUACUGAUCUUUUCGAAUGAUAUCAUAUCAAUUAAUGUAAUAAUAAAAAUUACUAUAUUCUCAA